AAAACCGCCCCCCAAUUUUCCUCUCCCCCAGCUCCCCCAAACCCUCUCCCCCCCACCUCCACCGCCGCCGUCGCCGCCAUGAGAACCAGCAACCACCUGAUCGGAUUCCUCAACUUCCUAACGUUCCUCCUCUCGAUCCCCAUCCUCGGCGGCGGCAUCUGGCUGAGCACCCGCGCCAACAACACCGACUGCAUGCGGUUCCUCCAGUGGCCGAUCAUCAUCAUCGGCGUCGCCAUCAUGGUCGUCUCCCUCGCCGGAUUCGCCGGCGCCUGCUACCGGAAUAAUUUCCUUAUGUACCUCUACCUCUGGGCGAUGUUCUUCAUCAUCGUCGCCCUAAUCGGAUUCGUCAUCUUCGCUUACGCCGUCACCGAUAAGGGUUCCGGCCGGCCGGUUCUCAGCCGGUCCUACCAGGACUACUCCCUCCAGGACUACUCCGGUUGGCUCGCCGACCGGGUUUCCUCACCCGGCUACUGGACCAAGAUCCGGGCCUGCGUGAGGGACUCCCACGCCUGCCGGAAAAUGGGCCGGACCGUCGGCGGAGUCCCGGAAGCUCCCGAGCUUUUUUACCUCAGAAAACUUUCUCCGAUUGAGUCUGGAUGUUGUAAGCCUCCGACGUCAUGCGGCUACUCGUACGUGAACGAGACGGUUUGGACAGCCGGACAAGGGGUGAUGGGAAUGGACAUGGACUGCCAACGUUGGAGCAACAAUCAAGACCAGCUUUGCUAUAACUGUGACUCGUGCAAAGCCGGCGUGCUGGCGAGUCUGAAGACGAGCUGGCGGAAAGUCUCCGUAAUAAACAUCGUCAUACUCAUCAUCCUCGUCAUUGUCUAUGUCGUCGCCUGCGCCGCUUUUAGGCACAACAAACGGAUCGAUAAUGACGAGCCUUACGGGGAGACGCGGAUGGAGAAGGCGCAGCCGAGCAGGAUACAUUUUUAGUCGUUAAAUCCGAGUUUCUUUGAGUUAUGGUAAAUUCUACUGGAUAUAUAUAUAUAUAUAUAAUGUAGGGACUGAUUUUUUUUUUUUUUUUUUUUUUUUUUUUUUUUCUUUCUGGCAUUGAGCACGGCCGUGUUGUUGUUUUGAAUUUGUGUUUGAAGAGGAAAAGGAUUGAUCGAAGUUGGGAUGUACAUAAAAUGUUUUCACGUAUGGUUUGACGGAUUUGGUCUUCGAUUUCAAUUUUUGGAAGGGAAUUGGUAAAGAUAUAUAAAGUACUAUGUUUUGUGUUUU